ACGUGCUGCCUGCCAUGGCGACGACGACAUCGAGGGCUGUCGCGCUGGUGCUCCUCUCGUGCGCCGUCGUCUUCAUCUCGUCUUGCUGCGGCGUCGGCGCCGCGAAGGCGCCGAAGCGGGCGAAGCUGUUCAAGGACAAUGACUUCCUCUCCUGCCUCGCCAGCGGCAUCCCCGCCCGGCUGCUCUACACCAGGGCCUCGCCGGCGUACGGCGAGGUGCUGAACUCCACCAUUAGGAACCUCAGGUACCUGUCUUCCAUGGCCGGGAAGCCGCUCUACAUCGUCACCCCGACCGGCGAGGAACAGAUCCAGGCCGCCGUGGUGUGCGGCCGCCGCCACAACGUGCGCAUCCGCGUGCGGAGCGGCGGGCACGACUACGAGGGGCUGUCGUACCGGUCGGAGGGCCCCGAGCAGUUCGCCGUCGUCGACCUCUCCAAGAUGCGGAAAGUGUACGUCCACGGCAAGGCCCGGACGGCGUGGGUCGACUCCGGCGCGCAGCUCGGGGAGCUCUACUACGCCAUCGCCAAGGCGAGCCCCAAGCUGGCGUUCCCGGCCGGCGUGUGCCCGACCAUCGGCGUCGGCGGCCACUUCAGCGGCGGCGGGUUCGGCAUGCUGCUGCGCAAGUUCGGCCUCGCCGCCGACAACGUCAUCGACGUGAAGGUGGUCGACCCGGAAGGCAAGCUGCAGGACAGGAAGUCCAUGGGCGAGGACUACUUCUGGGCCAUCCGCGGCGGCGGCGGCGAGAGCUUCGGCAUCGUGGUGUCGUGGAAGCUGGACCUGUUCCCGGUGCCGCCGACGGUGACCGUGUUCCAGAUCCCCAAGUCGGUGAAGGACGGCGCCAUCGACCUCCUCACCAAGUGGCAGGAGCUCGCGCCUGCGCUCCCCGAGGACCUGAUGAUCCGCGUCAUGGCGCAGGGGCAGAGGGCCAUGUUCGAGGCCCUCUACCUCGGCACCUGCACCACGCUCCUGCCGCUGAUGAGCAGCCGCUUCCCGGAGCUGGGGAUGAACCGCACCCACUGCAACGAGAUGUCGUGGGUGCAGUCCAUCGCCUUCAUCCACCUCGGCAAGCGCGCCACCGUGAAGGACAUCCUCAACCGGACCUCCUCCAUCCACGCCUUCGGCAAGUACAAGUCGGACUACGUGGCGCAGCCCAUCGGCAAGAGCGUGUGGGAGACCAUCUACAGGGACUGGUUCACCAAGCCCGGCGCCGGCGUCAUGAUCAUGGACCCCUACGGCGCCACCAUCAGCGCCCCCGACGAGUCCGCGACGCCGUUCCCCCACCGGAAGGGCGUCCUCUACAACAUCCAGUACAUCAGCUUCUGGUCCGCCGACGGCGCGGCGGCGUCGGCGGCGCCGAUCAAGUGGAUCCGGGACUUCUACGCCUUCAUGGAGCCGUACGUGACCAAGAACCCUAGGCAGGCGUACGUCAACUACAGGGACCUCGACCUCGGCGUCAACGAGGUGGCCGCCGGCGCCAACGUCUCAAGCUACAGCAGCGGCAAGGCCUGGGGCGAGAGGUACUUCAAGGGCAACUUCGAGAGGCUCGCCGCGGUGAAGGCCAAGGUGGAUCCCACCGACUACUUCAGGAACGAGCAGAGCAUCCCGCCAUUGCCCGCGUGAGCUAGCUAGCGGCAUCUCGCGAGGAGGGAGACGACCGAAUUAAGGUCUCUCUCGUGAUUAAUUAGCAAGAACGCAUAAUGCAUUGCUCUCGUUGAGAGAUCGAUGCUCUGCAUGGAGUUUUGAUUAGUGUGUGCGGUUGACGUACUAGGACGUGUAGUGUCCAAUUAAUAAAUAAGGAUUAACGCGUUAGCAAUAAAUAAGGAUUAACGAGUGAUUGUAAAAAAAUUGUUUGUUUCGUAUGCAUGAAUGCACGUUCGAGUUCUAGCAAGUUAGCGUGUCA